AAGAAAUCACAGAAACUCAGCCAAGAAACCCUAGCACUGUAAGCCUACACCACCGCCGCAAGGAGUGGCAUACUGCCGACGUCCGUCGCAUUCAAAGUUCGCCGUCCGUCCGUCUAUCUAGCUUCCGUCGUGCUCCAAGUCUUCCAGCCCUGUUCGCUGUCACCGAUUGCAGCUGCUUCCUCGAGCUCGGCGUCCGUCGUCUUUGUCUGCUCAGCCGCGUUUCCGCCGCCGUUUAUUUGCCGUUCACGUUCGCGUCUUCGUUCAGCCAUCGUCUUCGUUCCCGUUAUUCGCCGUUCACGUUCGCUCGGCAUUCACCGUUCGCGUUCACUCGCCGUUCACCGUUCGAGUUCGCAUUUUCGUCUGGAAGCCACGUUGCUCUGCUUCAAACUCUGACCAACCCGCGCGCUCCACCUAGCCGUCGAACUGCUCUCUUUUGUCGCGGCCGCUCUGGAAUCCGAUGGAAGAUCUUCGGAAUCCAAUGCUGAAGUUCUUCUCUGAUCAAGAGCUUUGUUAUGCUGAGAUCGUCCCUAGUGCUCAGGUCCGAGCUAGAAUUGAAGUUUCAGUGCUCAAUUUUCUCAAGAAUUUGAAUGCAUCAAACCCCGCCAUCUCAGAUUUGCCUCUGAUUCAGAGAAAAUUUUGCAACAGCCGAGUAAAUCAUAGCUUGAUGACCGACCUAUCAUGUGUUUUCCUCUCCCAUUCUGUUUCUUCGAGGUCCUUGAUGAGGCCUAAUGCAGCAAAGGCCUUCGUUAGAGUGUGGAAGGUGAUGGAGUUGUGCUAUCAGAUAUUGCUUCAGGAAAAGCGUGUCACGCAGAGGGAGCUAUACUACAAGCUUCUGUGCGAUUCGCCACAUCUGUUUCCUUCUCAGAUAGAUGUCAACAGGACAAUCCAAGAUGUCGUGGCAUUGCUUAGGUGCAGCCGAUACAGUCUCGGAAUCAUGGCAUCUAGUCGAGGUUUAGUAGCCGGCCGCCUUACUUUUCAGGAGCCGGGCAAAGAGGUUGUUGAUUGCUCUGUAUGCGGAUCUUCUGCACAUACAAUUCCGGGAGACGUGAAUUUGUUAGAAAACUUGAUUCUAGAUACUGAUGCUAGAUACAUUAUAAUUGUGGAGAAGCAUGCAAUAUUUCAGCGGCUUGCUGAGGAUCAAUUUUUUAAUCAAAUUCCAAGCAUUCUUGUCACAGCUAAAGGUUAUCCAGAUAUGGCAACGAGAGUUCUUCUUCAUCGAAUCCAUCGAACAUUUCCUGACUUGCCAAUUUUAGCUUUGGUGGAUUGGAAUCCUGCUGGAUUAGCUAUUUUGUGCACCUUCAAAUUUGGAAGUGUUACAAUGGGCCUAGAGGCAUACAGAUACGCGUGCAAUGUGAAAUGGUUAGGCUUACGGGGGCAAGAUCUAGAGAUGUUGCCUGACGAAUCUUUGGUUCCAUUAAAGCCAAAGGAUCUCCAAAUUGCUCAAAGCUUGAUGUCCUCCGGAAUCUUACAGGGGAAUUACAGAGAUGAGGUGGCCUUAAUGGUCCAGAGUGGUAGGCGAGCUGAAAUCGAGGCCCUAUACUUUCAUGGGUAUGAUUAUUUGGGGAAGUACAUAGCUAAAAAGAUUGUUCAGUCCGAUUAUAUAUAAUGACAUAGAUAGUAAUUUCUUAUGUAUAAGCACUAAGCAGGGUACCAAGACCGUUGUAGUCGGAUAAUCAGCAAAAAUUACAAGUUCAACUUUCCUAAAUUUAAUCCAAUUCAUGUUAGAGGACUGGUUUCAUCCUAAUGAGUGUAAGCUAACUUUUCAACCAAAGGCAGUAAGUAGAGCGAAAUGAGGGUCGAACACACAACUCGGAGCUCAAGUGAAAUACAGAAGACCUUGUCAUCAAGUUGUGGGCUAAAUUGCGAUUAGAAGCUAAUUACUUGUGUCCUAAAAGAGAAAGUAUAGCGCCGGCCAAUUUGAACAACUUUUUAAAAGAUAGGGUUUUGAAUUUUAAAAA